UGAAACACGAAACUCAGGAUAAUUAUUAAGAUACCUGGGGAAAAUAUUAUAUAUAGAGAUUGAAUUUACAUACGUAUGUAGAUGCACAACGUUAUACUCAUUGCAAUUUAAGUUUAUGCGAGUGUUACAAGGAAUUGAAAUUUUUUCAUUUAAUAGAGAAGCAUUUAACCUAUCGUCAUAUAAAGAUGGCAGAUACAAGUACAACACCAGGCGAUAAUUCUGUACACAUGGAAAAGGGCUGGUUCGCUUUGAGGCAACACAUUAUUGAUAAUAAGAUUAAAGUUGGAUUAUGGGUUACAAGACUUUUUACUAUUAUAUUUACUAUUGGUUAUAUCAUUCCAAUAUUUGGUAAUUCUUAUAAUAUUUAUUACAAAGUAUUAAUAAGUAAUGCAGCAACUAGUGCAUUACGCCUUCAUCAAAGAGUACCACAUGUUCAAUUAAAUAGGCAAUUUUUGGAACAUUUAUUUAUUGAAGAUUCUUGCCAUUAUUUAUUUUAUUCUUUAAUAUUCCUUUAUGCAGCUCCUGUCACAUUGGUGUUAACUCCUAUAUUUUUAUUUGCAUUAAUACAUUUUGCCUCUGGUUCUCUCGUAUUACUUGAUUGUUUAGGACAAAACAGCUGGUGGGGAGCACGGCUUUUAAUAUCGUUGGUUGAAUUUCAAUCACGAAAUAUUUUACGAGUUUGUGCAUUAUCUGAGAUAAUUAUCUUGCCAUUCACAGUUCUUCUUGUAUUUACGGGUCGUGCUGGUUUAUUAACACCUUUUAUUUAUUUCCAAUUCUUAAAAUUCCGUCUUGCAUCCCAAAGAAAUCCUUUCACUCGUAAUGUGUUCUAUGAAAUCAGAAAUGGACUAAGUUCAGUCUCAAGGAAACCAACAAUGCCAGUUAUUGUGCGACAAAUAAUUGAAGGUCUACUAUCACUUACACAACAAAUGGCUCCUGUUCGUCAGUAAUUUUUAUUUUAAAUAUGUAUUAAAGAUGUAUUAAAUUAUCAAAAAUUUCCUAGGGUUCUAGGGUCCAUGUAAUAAUAAUUUCAUAUAAUUGGAUGAUAAAAUGAGUGCAAAGGUAAAAAACAAUAAACUUAUGAUCUAUUAUUUAAGAUAAAUAUAAGAAUUAUCAAGUAAUAAUUUAAAACUUUAAUUGAUAUUUGUGCUCAUUUUUUGAUAUCAUAGAUGAUAAUAACUUUUUUCCAAACUGUUUCAUAUUAUUUUAUUAUGAAAUUAAAUCUAGAAUUUAUUUACUAAACACCAAAAUAUUCAUAUAAAUAAAUUACGCAAUUGAACUUUUAAUAUUUUAUGAUAUAUAAUGUCAAUCUGUAAUAAGAUUAUAACUAUGUAAUUCUAAAUCACAUAGAAUUUAAAUGAGUCCAUAGUACAAUGUUUGCUACAGUGAAUAUGUUAUAUUUUUCAGUUUAAAAAAUUUCACUAUUCAGUUAAUAAACAAUAAGUCAAAUUUGCACUGUAAUUGAUAGUGAUAAUUAUGAAAAAGUUGACUAAUGUAUUAAGUUGUAAUGUAUAAAAUGUUCAUUGUAUCAAUUUUCAACCCUUCCUUUUUUGGAACAAAUAUUUUUAUCUUUGUAAAUCAUUUUGUGUUAUGUAUCAUUUUAAUUUUUUCGUAUAUAAAUGUACUUUUUUAAGAUUCACUGAAAUUAUGAAUCAUUAAAAAUAGAACAUUUUAUAUGUUAUAACAUAAUGCAUUAUAUUUCACCAUAUUUUCAUAUUUUUUAAAAGUAUAUUUCGUUAUUGUUUGUAUUGAUAUAACUUAUAUUUUUCGGGGAAGGUUGAAAGCAUGUUAAAUAAGUAAUUUUUCUAUAAAUAAUUGAAUUUGAUAUAGAUAUGGGUUAUUCUAUGGAUAUUCUGGUGAGACAGUAUUUAAUUGUCUUAGUCAUAGUUGAUUGUCUCAAAAAAUAUUUUAACAUAAUUCUAUUGUAAAUGAAUGUUAUUCACAAAUUAUAUUAAAUAUUGAAUUAAGUUUAAAUUCAAAUGUAAAUUUUCAUAAAUAAAUAUAUAGAAACAAA